CCUUUUUUACCAUGAAAAACCCCAAUUACCAACAAAGCAAAAUCAUCCUCCAUUCCCAUGGAUUCCUCCUACGAUAAACAACACCUAGCAAAUUCCAUCAACGAGUCAGAUGAGACGAUCACCUCUCUAGAUCUAACGAGUUACCAGCUUCACGACCUUGACUCGAUCGAUUUGCCUCCUAGUCUUGUCGAGUUAGACUUGACUUGUAAUCGUCUUUCUCAAGUGGAUCCUCGGAUUACUCUUCUUUCAAAUCUUAAAAAGCUUUCUCUUCGGCAAAAUCUCUUUGAUGAUGCUGGCAUUGAAUGCCUCUCUCAUUCUCAUGCAAUUUCUUGUCUCGAGGAGCUGGUACUUAGAGACAACAAACUUAUGAAGAUACCUGAUGUCAGCAUAUUCAAGAAUCUUUUGGUGUUUGAUGUAUCAUUCAAUGAGAUACCUUCUUUAAAUGGAUUGUCAAAGGUCUCUAACACUCUUAAAGAACUUUAUGUAUCCAAAAAUGAAGUGACCAAGAUAGAAGAAAUUGAGCAUCUUCAUGGGUUGCAAAUUCUUGAACUUGGCUCCAAUAGAUUGCGGGUAAUGGAGAACCUGGAAACUUUAAUAGACUUACAAGAGUUGUGGCUUGGUCGAAAUCGAAUUAAGUUUAUUAACUUAUGUGGGUUGAAACGCAUUAAAAAACUUAGUUUGCAGAGCAAUCGCUUGACAUCUAUGAAAGGACUUGAGGAAUGUGUUGCGCUUGAAGAAUUGUACUUGAGCCAUAAUGGUAUAUCUAAAAUGGAAGGGUUAUCAACUUUGUUCAAUCUCCGUGUUUUGGAUGUUGCAUCAAAUAAGUUAACUGCAAUAGAAGAUAUUGAAAAGCUGACAAGGUUGGAAGACCUAUGGCUUAAUGAUAACCAGAUUGUCUCUCUGGAGGGUCUGUUAGAGACAGUUUUGGGAUCAAGGGAGACAAUGACCACCGUCUAUCUUGAGCAUAACCCAUGUGCAAACUCUCCUAACUACACAGCCACUUUGAGAGAGGUCUUCCCCAAUAUCCAGCAGAUUGACGCUCAAAUUUUUGCUUAGAUAGACUUGAUCACUCGAGAGUGUAUAACUUUAAUAGCAGAUCCUGAAAAUACAAGUUUUGGCAUCCUGGUAAUGUAAACCACGGAGUCGAAGUGGAUGGAACACAGCAGAGGACAUGACUACAUAGUUUUUUGGUUCAAAGAGCCAAUAGCCUUCAAUCAGCUCCAUCUUCAGUAAUGAGCUAUGGGCGUCCAUUGGGCCGACUAUAAGUCCAUUGUGUUCAAACGAGUACUCUUAUGUUUAAAAUCUGGUACUUUGAGGCUCCAUCACCUUUUCUCCGAUUACUUCAAUCAUCAAUUUUUACAAUGAUGCUGUGAUCGGAAGACUUCUUUUGUGUUGUAUUGUUUAUUUUGAUCUUUCUAAUUUUCUGACAAGUUUUGAACGAUACCUUUGCAUGUUUGGGAUCUAUUUGUGACUUGGAUUAACUGUUGAAACUUUUCAUGCAAUUUAUUGUGCCAAGUCUCUUGAACAGGAGUUGAUAUUUAGCACCUAGCAAUAUACCCUCGUCCUCCGGUUGGGGAUUUUGCUCAAAAUAAUGCUCAAAUAAAUCAAAUUACUGUCU